CCUGUGCACUACCUUGACCGUUUCUAAAAGGCUAUGAGCGCAGAACCGGGAGUUGAACAAGUUGAACUGCUGAGCAGUCUUGUUUUUACAGAAAAAACAACUGUGUAAAUACUUUGGUAGCUACACGUUUUAUCUAUAGGAAAUUGUAUUUUAUUUUCAGUUUUGAACGGAAAACUGUUUUCUUUCGCAGAAGGGGAGAAAGUGGGGAACGUUUUCUUUUCGUACUCUUCGUAGCCAUACAACCACUUGUCGAAGAAUUGGGAAUAUCCAUGGUGGAGUUUACAGCCUAUUCGUACUGCUACCCCGGAGGGAACAGCGAGCCUCGAGAGUAAUCGCCGAGAUUGUAACUUCAUUUUUUUUACGCUUGACUUGACAAGCAAUCAUACACCUGUUGCAAAAGAGAGGCUGGGAAUAAGACUGGGUGGCAAGUUGACCAUCACAGGAGCUGUGAAGCAGGGCCACCCUGAACUUCAGCUAACUCUUUUCAUUUUCUACUUUUGAGCGAGAAGAAAUGACUGAGAAAAAGAACGGAGGCGCGGGGGUGACCUUCCUGACCCCAUGUCGCGUGGCGGGCAUGUGUCUGAUCGUGGUGCUACUGGGGGGGAUUGGAGCUACUGUCUGGGCUGUAGUAACGUUUUGUAUCAGAGAAGAAGACACAGGAUUAUAUGAUGUCCAGGUGAACUCCAAUCCAAGCUCGGACCUACGUCUCCGGGUGUUUGACUCGGCCGAGCGACGGUGGAGACACCUCUGUUCCUCAGAGGCCAACCAGCUCCUGGCCAACAUCAGCUGUGAGGAAAUGGGCUUUGUCAGCAUGGUGAAUUACUCCGUGUCCAGUAUCCCUGAAGGCAGUAACGACCGUGAGGAGUUUUUCUGUGUCAAAGAGAAGGAGCUGACAUAUGGCAAGAAGAUCAAAGAGUCUCUAUAUCCCUGUGACUGUGAAACUGGCCAGGUCCUAAGUCUGCUUUGUCAAGCGCAGCCCACUGUCCGACAGAGGAACCGUCAGGUGUCUCGAUGGAGGGUGUUACUGGGCUCCAUCUACAACAAGCUCACCCAUAAGAAUGUUAGAGUUCUUGAGGUAAAGACUGUGGUGUACCACAGCAGCUACCUGCCCUUCGUAGACCCCAACAUAGACGACAACAGCAGAGACAUCGCUGUCCUGGCUCUGGCCCAGCCUUUGCACUUCACAGUGUUCAGGUACUCUGCUGACGUUCUUCAGGAGGCUAACGUGCCGAUCAUCAACGACGCUGUCUGUAACGCCCCUGAUUACUAUGACAACCAGAUCACCACCAGCAUGUUCUGUGCUGGCUUUGAGAAGGGUGGUACCGAUGCCUGUCAGGGRGACAGCGGGGGCCCGUUUGUGGCUGAGGACUCCCUGUCCAAGGCCAGCCGCUACCGCCUGCUGGGGGUGGUGAGCUGGGGAACAGGCUGUGCCAUGGCCAAGAAGCCUGGCGUCUACACCAGAGUGUCCCGCUUCCUACCCUGGAUCUCCUCAGCCAUGAGGACGUAUCACAAUUCACCAGGAGUACACAAAAUGGCGCGUACAUGGGAGCACUGACCAUACCUUUAAGGGAUCAGAAAUGACCAAAAUAUUAUCCCUUCAGACUUACUGCACUUCACCUGUUCAAAACCCCCAUCCUAUUAGGGGAACCUUGUGCAAAAAUCGGAUGUAGAGGUAAAUCCAGCUAGAUUACCUGAGGAAACCCUUUGAAGUGGUAGCUUGACCAAAUAAUAAUCAAUAGGUGUAUGGUCUUGUGAAAUGAGAAAGCGUCAAAUGAAAAUACUUAUGGGACAUGCAUGACAAAGUCAUAGAAAAUCACCACUCUGCCAGCCAAUGUGCAGAUUGUACUGUCGUAUGGGGAUUAUUUGUAUGUCAUUAAAGGGUUCAUUUUUGUAUUCAGGGUUUCCUUAGAGUUUGACUCUUUUCAGGUGCAACCAACUUAUGACACACAACAAGCCUGUGUAUCAAAAUGUAUUGCUCAAACAGAUGUUAAAAAACAUUCUGGAUGGUUUUGCCAUGAAGUUUCUCCUUUAUAUUAUUCCCUUGAACAAAUAAUGCCAAAGUUACUGAAGAGAUUUUAACAUAGACAACAUGUAGCUGAAAUUYCMURAKAC